CCAUAGGUUUGGCUUGACCUUGAUUUUGACGGCUUUGUUGGAAGAUCUGAUGAUGUGAUUGCAUGUCAUGAGGUGAUAGCUCUCCAGCCUCCGUGGCUCAGUGUAUAAACCACUUCUGCCACACUGUCACCCAUGGACAAUUCAGAUUUUUCUUUUAAACAAUCCUUUUGGCUAUUUUUUUUCCUCGCUUCUCCUUUCCCCCUUAUUUCUCCUUACUAUUGGGGGCCUUGUUCUACCCUCUGAUGUGAUUGAUAGUCCUGUUUCUCCGUGCUGCUGAUUUCCAGUCUAAGCUGCAAUGGCUCUAAGUGGCAACUGCAGGACUUACCUUCCUGCUCGGGAGCAGGGCACGGGGCUGCACUCCUUCCCCGAGGUGGUGGAGCUCAACGUGGGCGGCCAGGUUUACUUCACUCGCCACUCCACCUUGGUUGGCACCCCCCACUCCCUGCUCUGGAAAAUGUUCACCCCAAAGAGAGACACAGCCAACGAUCUGGCCAAGGACUCCAAGGGAAGAUUCUUCAUCGACAGAGAUGGUUUCCUUUUCCGCUAUAUUCUGGACUUUCUCAGGGACAAGCAGGUGGUUCUGCCUGACCACUUCCCAGAGAAGGGAAGGCUCAAGAGGGAGGCUGAGUACUUCCAGCUCCCGGACUUGGUGAAGCUCCUGACUCCCGACGACAACAAGCAAAGCCCUGACGAUUAUUGCCACAGUGACUAUGAAGAGGUGUCCCAGGGCAGUGACACCAGGAUCUGCCCCCCCUCGUCGCUCCUGCCACCGGACCGCAAGUGGGGAUUCAUCACCAUCGGCUACCGGGGCUCGUGCACUAUUGGCAGGGAGAGCCAAGCAGAUGCCAAAUUCAGGAGAGUCCCAAGGAUUUUGGUUUGUGGAAGGAUUUCUUUGGUCAAAGAGGUUUUUGGAGAAAGUUUGAAUGAAAGCAGAGACCCGGACAGGGCUCCAGAAAGGUACACCUCCAGGUUUUAUCUCAAGUUCAAGCACCUGGAGAGGGCUUUUGACAUGUUGUCCGAGUGUGGAUUCCACAUGGUGGCCUGUAACUCCUCGGUGACGGCUUCCUUCGUCAACCAGUACACAGACGACAAGGUCUGGUCCAGCUACACCGAAUAUGUCUUCUACCGUGAGCCCUCCCGCUGGUCCUCGUCCCACUGCGACUGCUGCUGCAAGAACGGCAAGGGCGACAAGGAGGGCGAGAGCGGCACGUCCUGCAACGAGCUGUCCACGUCGAGCUGCGACAGCCAGUCGGAGGCCAGCUCCCCGCAGGAGACCGUCAUCUGCGGGCCCGUCACCCGCCAGCCCAACAUCCAGACUCUGGACCGGCCCGCCAAGAAGGGCCCGGUGCAGCUGCUGCAGCAGUCCGAGAUCCGCAGGAAGAGCGACCUGCUCCGGACUCUCACCUCCGGCUCCCGGGAGUCCAACUCCAGCAAGAAAAAAGCGGUGAAGGAGAAGCUCUCCAUUGAGGAAGAGCUGGAAAAAUGUAUCCAGGAUUUCCUCAAAAUCAAAAUCCCAGACAGGUUUCCCGAGAGGAAGCACCCCUGGCAAUCCGAACUGCUGCGGAAGUACCACCUGUAGGCCUCGGGUGGGGAGAGCACACGACCUCGUUCCGUUAGAGCCAGAUCCUACGUGAUACAAAAUUCCCAAUAAUAACUAUUUGUUAGGUCACCAAAACCAAAAUCCAUCUCUAGUACUGCCUAAUUUGCCUAUUUCACCUUAACAUUUCUAGUCGUAGGGGAACGAUAUUUUUGCAGUCCUGGAAGCACAAUGACAAACGCUUUUGUUUGUAAACUUGGAGUCUUACACAAGCUGAAAACCUUAA